AUGGCGGCCGUUCGAGGUUUUAGAAACUUUCUGAAGUCAAAUGUAUUGCCUUUUCCAAGGACAAUUCAUCAGUUAGGAACCUCCAAAUCAAUUAAUACACUACAAAGAUGUUGCAGAUCUGCCUCUACAUUCUCAUUUGUACCGGAUUCACCUUCACCUCUCCAUGGUUAGUUGACACUCAUAAGUCACUUCCAGAUACAAAUUACAAAACGUGCUCGCCUUUGCUUCGUACGUAAGCUAAAGCUUGUUGAUUAAUAGGCGUACUACGUAUAUAAAAUCUUAUCUUUCUUUUUUUUUCCUGUUGCUAACAACAUGCGGUCGCAAACAACAUGCAUUUAAGUCUCAAACGUGAUCUCUAACCCUAACUUUCUCGUGACAGCAUCAAUACGUAUAAAUACAGCAUUUUUUUAAUUUGUUAUGGGAAUUGAUAAAAUUCCAUGAUCGUUUAACAAAUUCUCUCAACUAAUUCUUAAAGGAAGUGCAUGGAUAUCAGUCCAGAGAAUUCGUAUGUGGAUACUGAGGCUUAAUAAUGAAUAAUAAUUUCAAAACUCUCUUUUUUAGGAGAAACUCAAAAGAUGAACUUGUUUCAGUCACUGACUAGUGCUAUGGAUCUUAUUCUGGAGUCUGACUCAUCUGCAGGUAAUUUUCAAUUUCUAUUUCACUUAUUAACACAUAGAUUUCAUUUUGCUUUGUGUUAAUAAAUGUGGUAAGAACCAAUAUUGGUCAAUUAGCAACCGGCUGAUCAAUGUAUUGUUGAUGAAGCUUGAUGUCAGGCUGCUGUCCUAAAAAUGGUAAAUAAGACAGACACAUCAAACAUCAGGCGGUGUUUACAUCUUCUCUUAAGCACAUUAUUCAGAUGCACUUAACAAACAACUUUAAUAUUAAAGUUAUCUCUUACAUGAAAUGGAUCAAUCUAAACGACUUUAAAAUCUCUGGCAUGAUAUGGCCAAUGUCAUUUGCUUAUUGAAAGAUAUUAGAUUCUGUGCACUUUUUUUGUCAAAACUAGUAUUUUUCCCCUUCUAGUGAUAUUCGGAGAGGAUGUUGCCUUUGGUGGAGUAUUUAGAUGUACUGUUGGACUAAAAGACAAGUAUGGUUAGUAUACAUCAGGUGAUAAUGUGUAGUUCCAGAAAAUAUCCAUACUCCCCCCGCAGAAGGGAUUGGAAAUUCCUGGGGGGUGGGAGGGUUCUCAAAGGCCCAAAAAUUUAAGUAAAUGUAUGAAGCUUGACUGGAAUUUCCUGGAGGUGGUGGGGCUCUAAGGAAAAAUCCCUUCCGUGGGGGGAGUAUGGAUAGUUUUUGGAACCACACGAUAUACAUGCAUGUACACUCAACUCCUUUAUUGUAGUCCAUGGUCUGUAAAUAAUGGAAUGUGAGAAGAAUUUCGUUAGAAAACAUUUGUAUUUAAUAGAGGAGCUGAGUGGCCCACAUGGCAUUUUAAAUUGGGUCAUUUCAAAAAUGGUCUCAGUCAAACUACAUGUAUGAUAUGAUAUCAUGGGAGUUUCAAUUUGAAACUUUGAACAACUGAAAUCAUCCCAACUAUCACCAAUAGGUUCCUGAAGUUCUGGAGGUUGACUUAUCGAACUGACUUCUCAAGUUUCACUGUCAUCCUUAUCCAGCCCAUCUUCAUGCUUUUCAGGUCCCACUUCAAUUGUCUUUUGCGUAAAAAGUGAACUUAGCUUUUGUUGUUGUUUCACAAUGAAAUGUAAACAAACCAACAACAUCAACAAAUGAAAUGUGAGUUGAUCGGCAAAGCACCAAAGUCGAAAUAUACGCUCCAGUCUCUCCUGGAAUUGUGUGGAAUGCCUGACACAAAAACAACUUGUAAGCACACACAUUCUGAAAUGACAGUCAUUUCGACGUGCACUCAUUUAAGGCUAGUAAGCGCCCCCCUUUUUUUUAAAUUUACUUGUAUUAUUACCUGCUGCUUUGGAAGUACUUAUAUAUGAGGUAACUUUUUUUGCAUCAGUAUGACUCCACGAUAAUUUCAUUUUGCGUCAGAAUAGAAUAUUCUGCAUCAAUGACGCAAAAACAUGGCUUAGAUUGAACACUUGAGGAGUAACGUAUAAUUAACAUUAACAAUUUUGCUUGGAACACAACACUGAGAAGAAUCAAUGAAAUAAGUAAGGCUUUAAACUGUGCUGUGUAAAGGGUCGCUAAGCAAGCCGUAGUGAGGGCCUAAUAAUGGUGAGUUUACUCCGGUUAAACCUCUGAAAGCUUUGACAAGCUGUAGCUGCUGUUUUUAUCAUUGGGAUGUCUGAAAUAGCUUGGUUUAACUCCUUGAAAAAGUGCAAGGCCCACAAAUGCAGUAUCAAAAUCUUGACAGGAUAUGACUAUUACCGCAAUAAUUAAGAUUGUUUUAACAGCAUGUCGAUCAAGCGUCAGCCGAUAAGUUGGCCAUGUCAAUUGAGAGUUGGCUGAUAGUGUCAAAUGAUAGUCGGCCAAGAGGUACCUAAAGUACACAACAAUUAAUCUCCCAGUCCCUAAUAGCAAGGUCCUAAGACAGGAUCUCACAAAACAAAAACUCUAUAAGACUAUUACAAUACAUCCUACUCCUUUAAUCACCCUUAAGUAUGAUAUCUACUGUAGGUAAAGACAGAGUGUUUAAUACACCACUCAGUGAACAAGGCAUUGUUGGUUUUGGUAUUGGGAUGGCAGCAGCUGGCGCUACAGCAAUAGCAGAGAUUCAGUUUGCAGAUUACAUCUUCCCUGCCUUUGAUCAAGUAAGUUAAUUCACGUCAACUUUCCCUCAGUAUGUAACUUUAUUAUAAUACAGUCAACUUUCUCUUAACAGGUACCUCUAUAUAAGAUGGACUCCUCAGUAAAACAGACACCUAGAGUUGGUCCCUGCCUUUCUUUACUUUUUUUAUUUGACUCUUUAUAAGAUGGACAUCACUUAGUGCCAAUCCCAAAGGUGUCCAUCUUAAAGGGACAUAGUCGGCUUUGGUGUCGCACUGACCUGGACACUACUUCCCCAGUUUGAAAAGCAUUUACCUCAACCUGAAAUCAAAUGUACACGUUGGAUACAUCUAGAAAUCCACUUUAAUCUUGCCUAGUUUAAAUUCAUUCGAUCGUUGAUUUUUUUCUGAAAACCUCUUUCUGAGCAAACUUUUACUCAUCGUAAAACAUUAUUUCAUCAUAAUAUUUGGUUAAACAAAGUAGCCAAAGGAACACGCAAAGAGGAGGUGGGAAAAGUGUAGGCACUGGGUGGGAGAAAUCGCCUUUGUUUACCAAAUAACAAGAGAAAUGAAUCAAUAACACCGCAUCUAGCAAAUCAUUAUUAUAUAUAUUUGGAAAAUUGAUGGAGAAAGGUCACAUUAUAUUAUUUGGAAAAAUCAAGCCGUCAGUGUCUCGACCUUGAUCCUUCAACAAUGAUUAAGACUUUGUGUCAUUUCUCACCUCUACUGAUUCUUCGAGUUCAUAAGUAUUUGUCAAUGUAUCGGUGAAUUCUCACAUGCCUAUACAAAAAUGAGUGCCCUGAUAUGACUUAGAUUCUCACGAUUUUGACUUGCCAUUUCAACUCCACAUGGUUUGUUUAGAUAUUCCAGCGUGCGGUUCUCACUUUCUGUUUCACGCGCAUGUCUAGUGAUAUGCAAAUCAGCUAAGAAUUAUUGGUAUGUGAUAUGCAUGUGUAUCACCUGACUGUGUCCCUUUAGAGAGAGUUGUCUGUAAAAACCAAUGAAAAUGCCAGGGGAGCUUUCAUUGUGGUGUUUAUGUAAUAAAUAGAACAAGACAUGGCCACUAUAAAUAAAAUUUUUCUUCUCGUGUUGAAAAUACUUUGAUCACUUGUUUGCAAAUAUUCUUUUGACAUGAGAAGAGAAAUUUCAUAUCUCCAUAUGGCCUAAUAUCCUCUCUUUAUGUACUUUCAUAACUUGAUGUUCAUCUUGUUGUAGCUUGUGAAUGAAGCUGCAAAAUUUAGAUACCGUUCAGGAAAUCUUUUUAACUGUGGCAGCCUCACAGUGCGAGCUCCUUGUGGAGCUGUGGGGCAUGGUGCACAUUAUCAUUCUCAGUCAGUGGAGAGCUACUUUGCUCAUGUACCAGGACUAAAGGUACGGUAACUACUUGUUAUCUUUGGUUAGCAAACAAGUAUAUAUUAACACCCCCAGUCCUUUGGCAUGGAUUUGGUUAUCUGUAGGCAAAAGUCAUUGUGAAUUGUUUUGGGUGAUGUUUUAGAUUUAAGUACAAGUAGUUUUGCCAUUAAUGGGUUCAUUUCUUUAGCAGACCUCAGUCACAUACAUCAUGUCAGGUAGUGUAUCAUGAAGUCAGUCACUUUACUUUCACAGAAAAAGUUUCUACAUUGUAGAUCAUCAUCAUCAUCAUCUUUAUUCUGUAAAGCAGGUCAGAAAGCAGGUUAUAUAAUUUUAUUCAUAUAAGGCAACUUGAAAGCUGUAGAUCUAUGUGAUAAUACAAACAUAGACACAUCAUGUUUAAUCAAUCAACAGAAUCAAUUUUCAAAGAAUGAAUUUAUUAGUCUGUUAAUAAUGGGAAUGCUUGGCUGGCUUUGACUGUACAAUGUGAAUCUCUGUUUCCGCAUUUAAGUGAUCAUGUAUUUACUUGAAAGUUAGGGAACUACAGUGAUGAAUGAUGAUCCUCCUUGAACACAGCCUUGCCAGUGGCAUUAUUGUUUAUUAUACUACUACAUGAGAAAUUUCUGCAAUUUGAUUGGCUUAGAGCAGUGGUAUUUCAGCAUAAUUUUAAAUACGUACAUGUGAAAAUAAUAUUAGUGUUUCCAUGGUAACCAAAAUCAUGAAAUAAGGUCGUCAGGCAAGUUCAAAAACAUUGGCGGAAAGAUUUCCAGAUUUUCAAGUUCAAGAAAUUCAAGAACUCAACUUGGGAAAUUCAGAAAACCAAAAUACUAAGAAAAGUAAAUCAACCUACCAGCUGGGCAGGAAGCGGGAACUUUGAAACAAAUUUGCUUGGUUAUGAAGCGAAACAACGAGAUGAAACUAAACAAAAGUUGUUACUCGAGAUCCAUAAGAAAGAUGGUUCAUAGUAUGAGCCCGAAAGUUUGAGAGUUAUGCUGGCGUCAUUGGACGGACACCUGAGAGAAAAGGAUGCUGCCUUCUCAAUAGCAAAGGAUUUUGAGUUUUCCAACCGUAGAAUAGUACUUGAAGGAAAAGCAAGGCUUCCUUGUCAACAAGGUUUCGGUAAAAGGCCUAAUGCUGCAAAAGCGAUGAACUGAUGUGGUCCAAAGCUUUCAGGCUUUCCUCCUCAGUCACUGAUACAGACCAUGUGGUUCUUGCUCCCCCAGCACUUUGGUUUGAGGGGCUGUCUGGAGCACCAGAAACAUGUACGUUGAAGAUUUUGCCGUCAGUACCAACGACAAUGGUAUUGAAUUCAUGACUUAUGAGGAAACCCCACAAAAACUCGCCAAGGUGGACUUCUCAUGAAACAAAGAAUUGUUCAACCCAAGAUGUUUGCUACUGGUGGACAGAGGUGCUUUGUUAAACUGUUCCAAACAUUUCUGGAAUGAAGACCUGAAGAAAUGCGAAACAGUGGUUCAUUUUAUCUUGCUGUGAAUGAAUGACCUAAGACCCAAGUGUGGUGUAAGUGAAAAAGAAUGGGCGUCAACAGCAUUAAUUCCUUCAUGAAGAAUAUGGCAAGUCAGGCAGACAUACAAGGCAAAAAGCUCACAAACCACAGCACUCACAAAACCUUGGUGAAGAAGCUGAAAGCUGCAAACCAACUGCGGUGAGCAAUUAUCAGUGUGUGCCAAUGAGAGGUCCCUUGAAGAUUAUGAAGAAGGUGAUGAGAAUGAACAGUGAGACAUUUCUUCCAUCGUCAGUGCAGAGUGUGCAAUGGCACAAUCCAGCAGAGUUUGUCAACUGCUUGCAAAGAUUAGAUGCUGUAAACACAGCUGUGGUGAUCAUUUUCCUCUUCAAUGAUGAAAGGUCGGCGACCGUCGACCAUUUCCCUGGCUGUCAACUUUCUUUCUAGCUGCCGUAGAUGUUUAAAUCUACAUGUAAUUUUGAAAAACUUUCAUUGAAGCAAAUGGUUAAAGACUCACAAACUUUGAUUCUUUCUUUAUAUGUUUUGGAAAUCUAUGUCGUUAAGAAUUUGAUUUUGGAUCAUGUGAUUUUCAGAUCACAUGUUGUAUAAAGCCAAUUAAAUACGCGUGAUGAAAUAAUUGGAUGAUGUUACAAAAAAUUUCUCAUGCAUACAUGUAGAAGUAUAAACAAAUAAUAGCAUGAUUUGUACGUGAUAUUUGCAUAAACACUUCUCAUGAUAUUUCAAAGUUGUCUCAAAUUUCACUCGCCCAAUGGCUCGUGAAAAUACUAUAACAAUUUUGAAAUAUCACUCGUGGUAUGGUAUCAUUACCAAUCAUGCUAUUACCUAUACUAAUUUACCAGUUAGUAGUAUAGUUGGCAUAUAAUUUUGCUGUUUGUACUUUUUUCAUUUAGGUAGUUAUUCCUAGAGGACCUAUUCAAGCCAAAGGACUUUUCAUUUCUUCUGUAAGAGACAAAAACCCAGUCAUCUUCCUUGAACCCAAGAUCCUUUACAGACAAGCAGUGGAAGAGGUCCCCGUUGCAGACUAUGAGAUACCACUCUCAGAAGCUGAAAUACUUGAGGAAGGUGAGUCUACAAUUUGAUUCAGUUGGUUGUAAUGCUCUAAGUACUAAUUAAAGAAAGAAUUGGCUUUAGAGCAUUAGAAGAGGCUUUAGAAAACCUAACACAUCAAUAACGAUUCUAUCAGUUAUUUUGUCAAACAAUUCUGAAAAUUAUGAACUUGUACAAUUCUUUGUUAUUGUAGUGCGAACUUCGAUGUGAUUCUUCCUAAUUUCAUGUUUUAUGAGGAUGUGAACACGAGAAAAUGGGAAAAAGUGAAGAACAGCUCCCCUGUCGGCCAACUGUCGUUUACCACCUUUUGCAUAAAUUUUCUGCCAACAGUCGGCCGACAGUUGGCAGCUGUUGGUAAUGUGUCGGCUAAGUGUCAGUUGAGAACACCUGUCGAAUACCAGAAAAGCCUCUGCUCGCAGGGUAGAACAUUGUAUAUCAACGUGAAAUGGAACUUUUUCACUUGAGUAAGAAUAAAUACUUAAUAUUACUCUUUCUGUACUUAGAUACAGUCUUAUAGAAUUCCAGAACAAUUUUAAUUGCCAGCAUUAUUGACAAAUUGAACAAGAUGGAAUAAGAGAGAAGUUUGAAGCAGCGCCAAUUACUUUUUGAGUGACGCUUUCCCUGCCAUCACCAUCGUAGAUGCUAAAGCUCCCUAAUUUUUAUCUGUUUCAUCAUAACAAAUUAGUCUUUUUUUGACAAAUCUGAUUUCAGGUUCCGAUGUGACAGUCGUUGGAUGGGGAACUCAGGUGCAUGUCUUACGUGAUGUCUGUAAAAUGGCAAAAGAUGAGCUUGGUAUCAGUUGUGAGCUGAUAGAUCUUCAAACAAUUCUACCUUGGGAUGAAGAGACUGUCAUUAAGGUAUUAUUACAUCGCUGGGAUUUUUUGCCUAACAGCACACACUUCCAUUAAGUUGCUUCGAGGUCCUAUGGCAGCUAAUAUUAAAAUUGUUUCCCACCAAAAGUGUCUGAGUUAAAGGAAUUGCAAAUUCUAUGAUGCUGUCACUUGCAAAUGUUAACUGCUCAGUGAGAUUAAUAGACUAUUACUUGAAGUUGUGAAUAUAUGAAAAGCACUGCAGGGAUGAAGAAUAAUUAUAUUCCAUGACGAAAGCCUGAAAAAUUUAGGCUUAAACAGGAUUUGAACCCUUCAAGGUCAAGGGUUCAAAUCCCAUACAAGCCGGAAUUUUUUCAGCCUUUCUUUUUGCAAAUGCCAAUGUUGUAUCUAUAACUAUGAUGAUCUUCAUUCAUAAUAGAAGACUAUUACUUGUUAUAAAAGUUCCACUUUGUUAGCCAUACUUUGGAAGACUUUGAGAUUGUCUGGAAACAAAAUAACUAAGGAAUGCUGUAUCUGUGGCCCCCUAGACAAAGCUGGCCUAUCAGAUAACAGGAAAAUAACAAUACAUUCCAAGAAAGUUGGUUGUGGGCUAAACAGCCACUCGUAGGAAAACAAUAAGUUAAUUAAAGCAAAAAAUUUAAAUAUCAAUAGCAAGCAUUUCCAGGUAGCAAAAUUUAUCGUUAGACAAUAUUUUUCUUUCCAAAACUUUAGACAUACAGUUGUUUCAUUUACCUGUAAUUUGUUCGAUUUCUGUGCUAACAUUCGUCAUUGUCACGCUCUCCAAUAGCAUGCCACCUCAAGUAAAAAAUGCAUCCAACGUUGAUAUUAUUUGUCUCUGUCAUUAACUAUAACAGACCUCUUAGGAAGCACUGUAGGUUGCAGUUGGUUGAUUUUGUUGCCCAACAAUCUCAAGGUCUCCAAAGGCAUGUAGCUGAGGAAAACAAAAUUAACAAAUUUCCCCAGGGACCACUCAUUAAGACAGUGAUUUGUUAUAUAGCCAACAAAGGAAAACUUGAUAACAAGGUUGUUUUAUGCAAUACUACUCUUGUUUUAGAAAGGGUGUCUUUUUAAUAAAAGACAUUACACUCAAUUCCAAACAACACUGGGCACGUAAGAACAGUUCCCAUGGGAAACAGUUACAGUGCAACUACUUAAACCAGGGCUUACCUAGACAAAGUUGAUCAGUCGGACUACGCAAAAAUGGUAAUACAUUCCAAGAAAGUUGGUUGUCAAUGAUCAUAAUCUCUUCAAAAUGAAAUAAGGGACGGACCAUUAGAAAAGUUAUGGGGAGGGUGGGAAUUUUCGAGCCGCAUAAAAAAAAACAUUUCCCUUGCAUGAAUUUUUUAGGCUUUUCCUUGAACAUUUUUUAGGGUUAUUUGGCAUACAUAAUUUUUUUUAAAAAUAAUUUUCCCUCGCACAAACAUUUUUUUUGUACUUCACCUCCCCCCUCCCCAAUAAGUUUCCUAAUGGUCUGUCCCUAAGCAACAUGGAUCAAAAUUAACUGUUUUCCAAGGGAACUAUCAUUAAUUGACCAUUGUUGUUUGUAACUAUUAGUAUACAUGUUCUUUCAUUGCACGCAUUGGGUAAAUAGGAGAUAAAAGAGAUGUCCUUUAAAAAACAAGAGAGGUAUCUGCAUAGUGAAUUUUGCUAAUGGGCUAGUGAAUUCUGUUCUUCACUUGCCCAACACGCCAGUGAACGAUUUUAGGGAAUUCAAACAAUACUUUAAGACAAAUUUCAAAUUCCUUGUAAAUUCACGUGGAAUGAUUUAGCCAUUUCUCAAACUCAUCUGACAAAGUGAUAUCUGUAAAAACAAGUAUCAAAACUAGUAUGGCACUACUUUAUGUCAGACUAGACGUUGUGGGAUCCACACAAUCUUUGGGUAAAAACAAUAAUUGUUUUAUUUUUAAUUAUUAAAAAUUAAUUAUUAUUAAGUAAUUAAUUAUUAAUUAUUUUAUAAUUAAUUGUAAAUAAUUAAUUAUUAUUAAUUAUUAAAAAAAUAAUUAUAAUUAAUUAAAAAUACCUUAGAAGUAAUGCACCUUAGGCUCCUAAAGUUUUUGUUAGAUCUUAGCUGACUACAACGAUUUUAUAAGUCAAGUAAUUGAUUACCUAAUGGUGUAUUUAAUAAAUAAAUUGUGAUUAAUUAUUUAAUUAUCAAUCCUGCACGUCAGAAACUUUUUCGUGCUACAUGUAGUUUAAGUGACUCUCGGGCUAAGGCAAGCUGCAAAAGUGAUUUUCUUUGCAACCUGGGUAUUACAUAAGUCAAUAUUGGUACCACUGCUUUCAUAAAUAAGAUGUGUUCUAUUGACCAAAUGUUUUUUUGUUUUAGUCUGUUCUAAAAACAGGAAGGCUUCUAAUAGCACACGAGGCUCCUUUAACUGGUGGAUUUGCUGCAGAAAUAAGCAGUACUGUACAGGUAAUCACUAGUGAUGUCAUGUAGUUUUCUUUUAACCGCAUGAUUUAACGUGAUAAACGUUUUAGAUAUUCCAACUUGAAUUCAUUUACACCCGAAACGCUUGAAAACCACUGUGUUUGUAUCACUAGUGAUGUCAUCAGUUUAAAUGUUCAAACAGGACUCUGAUGUACAAACGUGUGCAAGAGAGAGAAAUCUUCCCGAGCAUAUCUAAAUGUGAGCUACUUAGUUAAAAACGCCUGAGAUAACUGCAACAGACAACCUGAAUCAUUCAAAAAUGAAAUAUUCUAAGUAGCUCUGUUUUGGGACGGCUGAAAAAGGUUUUCGUAUCUCUUACUAGACUUUUGUUUUCUGGAUAGAGUGCUAAUUUUUCAAUGGAGUUUUGAUCUAUUUUUCCGAGUAGUUGAGUAUUCCUUUGUCUCUUGGUAGACAGUUUACCCAUAAAAGUGAAGAAUGAUCAUCGCAGUAAAUUUUCCAAUUUAAGCAAUUGGAAAGAAGAAGCCUGAAAAAAAAAAAAAAAUCAGGGCUUCAACGGGUUUCGAACCCGUGACCUCCGCGUUGCCGGUGCGUUGCUCUACCAACUGAGCUAUGAAGCCACACAUUGGGAGCGAGGUCAUAGUCGGCCAACUGAUUUUUGGGUGAGCUGUUCAUUUAUUUUCACGGCUUAAUUACUGAUGAGACUUGACACUCACUUAGCGGCGAUGUUCCCUUUUCCAUCCUUACGACAGCUGUUUUCUCCAUGACUAACACGUUUUAAUUCUUUAUUUGUCGCAGGAACAUUGUUUCCUAAAUCUUGAAGCUCCCAUUCAACGUGUAUGUGGAUGGGACACACCCUUCCCUCAUAUCUUUGAACCAUUUUAUCUGCCGGACAAGUGGAGAUGUUUUGAAGCUCUGAAGAAAAUUACCAGCUUUUAAAAUGUAUAAUGAGAGUAACUCGACAUGAAUGAAUGCAAAACGAACAGAACUUGACAUUUUCUAGUUGUUCUAAACAGUCGCUGUUCUGGUGUUGUUGCGGAUUGAAUGCAGAAGAUAUUACACUUCGCCCAGACAGAAAGAAACCUUCCAGAAAAUUGUAGCAUAUGAAGACAUGUUUGUAUGGAAACAUUAUCGUCGUGUUCCUAAAGAAAAAUGAUGUGCAAAAUAAGUCCAGGGGGCUAGUCUGAUCAUCCGUCGUUACAUCUGACGUUGAAGUUUGGUGCAGUCGAACUCUUUAUUUUGAUGCUUAACGCCCCUGCUUACGGUACCCAGUCACCUCGCCACCAACAAAUAUACAUAUGUUGCUGUUAAUUUUUUUUUAUCUCAGGUAGUUUUUAAUUUUCUUUUGUUUCAACUUCAUUUGCAUACAUUACCUUACCCAAAAACAAAGAAAAACAAAACUUACCUGAGAUAAAAAAAUAACUACAACAUAUAUUUUGAUACCUAUCGAAAGGGCAAUUCUCUAAAAGAAAAUUCCUUCCUUUGAAUUUACAUUGGAAUUGAAGGAGUUAACGUUCAAGUGACAAUAUAAGCCUACUUUCAAAAGAAAGGCUGUUAAAUUUUAAACAGACGAUACAGACUUCUUGGUGGUGAGAUGACCGUAAACCGUGGUUGAUACGUCUGAUGGUUUGCACUUGCUAAGGAUACCAAGAGUUUGAUAAGCACAAUGUUAUAAAUUAAAAGAAUGUCAAUCGGCAGGUAGUCGUAAAACAAAAUCGAUCGAUUUGGGAUGAAUAAUUUUUCCUUUCAGGUUUUGUGGCGUAGAUUACAGGUGUAAAUUGUUAGAGUAGCAGUUUGUUUUGACUGUACAUUUGCGCCGUAUAUUUAUUGUAAUAACAACUGAAUAUCUAUUCUUAGCUAUAAACCCGCUGGUUGAAAUUUUUUCUAACUCACAUAAUACAAAAUGAGUGU